UGUGUUAAAAUUACGGACAAACACACUCUUCAAUUACUGUAAUGUAAGCAGGCAUCAACAUAGUGAUUUUCUUGAGGUCCUUCAUAAGGUUCCAGGAAGAGAUGACCGUGCACAACCUUUACAUCUUCGACCGGAAUGGCACAUGCCUCCAUUACGGCGAAUGGAACAGGAAAAAACAGGCGGGGAUAUCCAAAGACGAGGAGUUUAAGCUGAUGUAUGGCAUGUCGUUUUCCAUUCGAUCUUUUGUCAGUAAGAUGUCUCCACUGGACAUGAAGGAUGGUUUCAUGACCUUCCAAACAAGCCGCUAUAAGCUACACUACUAUGAGACGCCCACCGGCCUCAAGAUCAUCAUGAACACAGACUUGGGUGUGCCCAACAGCAGAGACAUCCUUCACCAGAUCUACAGCACGCUCUAUGUGGAGUACAUCGUCAAGAACCCGUUGUGUGCGUUGGGAGACACCCUGCAAAGCGAGCUCUUCAACAGUCGACUCGACUCGUUUGUCCGUGCCCUUCCCUUCUUCAGUGCCCGUGCCGCCUAAAUCUGACCCAAGAUCAGCUCAAACAGUCGGGCGUGCUCCUGAGUGCUCCCCGUGGCCCAGAUCACAGGAUGAGGCUAGCACAGCUGGAAACAUACAGCUUACACCAGGCCCAAAACCACAGGCCGACUGCAACACACAGCAAAAGAAAACAUACAGAUGUCACAAUGCCCAAAUUCCAUGUGUCCACAAGUUUUACUUGAAUAUAAAAUACUGCACAGAGGCACCCACAAACCAGCCAGGUUGGGUAGAUAGGCAAUGCCCUUACUUGUCCUUUUAUGAUUUAUGACAUGAAUUAUGUCAGAAUAGAUAAAUGUAAAAAUUGUUAUCUGCAAUUAAUAACUUGUGAGUAAUAUGUUAUAGGUUGGUUAUAACAUGUUAAUAGGUUUCUUGACUUAGGUCAGAGGUGGGAAUGGGAACAGUCAGAACAAGAA